GUGCCUACCCUACCUGCCUUUUGGAAAUUUCAAACACGGAAGUUUUAAGACUGUCACAACUCAUUUCGCUCCUGCACGUAUGGAGGGUGAAGUAGCCUGGCUUCCCCGUUUUGUUUCCCUUUAGAAAGCCAUGCAAAGGUGAACCGAUAUUAAUCUGAACCGAAAUUAAACUCCUUUGGGACUCGAGGAACCAGGAUGCAGCGGGAGUCCGACCCAAUGGCCUCUGCCGGGCAGAUGGACCCGGGCGUGGGAGCGGGGCUCGGGGAAAGCCUGUCGAUCCACGGCAGCACAGAGCAGCUCAACUCCUCCGCUGUCAACCGCAUCCUCAUGGAGUUCCUGAUGUACUUUGGCAAAGCCAUGCUCGUCUUCUACCCCGUGUAUCUGACGGGGUACCUGGGCCUCAGUAUCAGCUGGGUGCUGCUGUGCAUGGUGCUGGCCACUUGGUGGAAGAAAAACCGCCAGUGGAAAGACACCCGAAUCGGAACCGCCAUCGACUUUGUGGACAAUGAAACACAUAUGGUCAACAAGGAGCUAGCGAGUGCCUUACAAAUGGCAACAUGGGUCCACUUUCCUGAGAUUGAGAAAGUUGGCUGGGUUAACAAGGUGUUGGAGCAGGCCUGGCCUUUCUUUGGGAUGUACAUGGACAAGCUCCUUAGAAAUAAUAUCCAGCCGGCUAUCAGGCUCUCCAACAAUGCGCUCAAAAUGUUCACUUUUACGAAGAUCCACUUCGGAAACGUACCUCUCAAGAUCACUGGAAUGAGAGCAUACACACAUGAGGUGGAUCAAAGGGAAGUGGUCCUGGACUUGCAUAUAAGUUAUGAGGGUGACGUGAACAUCAACGCCGUAGUGAAGCCGCCAGUCACAGCUGGUAUCAAAGGACUUAAACUCAAUGGGAUGCUGAGAGUCAUUUUGCAACCUCUUAUUGGUCAAGCACCACUGGUGGGAGGAGUCACCUACUUUUUCAUGCGCCGCCCUACCCUAAACAUCAACUGGACUGGCACAACCAACCUUUUGGACAGCCCCGCAUUCAGCUCCUUGUCGGAGCAGACCAUCUUGGACACCAUUUCCUCGCUCAUGGUGUUGCCCAACCGCAUGUGCGUGCCCCUCAUUGACCAGAUCCAAACUGAUCAGAUGAGGUUCCCUCUACCUCGAGGUGUGGUGAGGGUCCACUUGCUGGAGGCCAGAGACCUGGUGGCCAUGGACACAUACAUGAGGGGUUUAGUAAAAGGCAAAUCAGACCCCUAUGCAACACUUCGAGUGGGCACCCGAAAUUUUAAAAGCAAGACCAUCAAAGAGACUUUGAACCCCGUAUGGAAUGAAGUGUAUGAGUUUGUUGCCCAUGAAGCCCCAGGGCAAGAGUUGGAGAUGGAGCUUUAUGAUGAGGACACCGAUAAAGACGACUUCCUUGGAAGGUAUAACCUUGAUCUGGGAGUGGUGAAGAAGGAAGUAGAAAUGGAUAAGUGGUUUACUCUGGAAGGGAUCCAGAAGGGAGAAGUUCAUCUCAAGCUCAAGUGGUUUUCCCUAAAGUGUGACCCCAGCCUGCUGAGGGAGUCUACAGACGGCCUUGCCUGUGCCAUGCUUGCAGUGUAUCUGGACAAUUGCUCAAACCUACCAAAAGACCACAGCGAGAUCUCGGAGCUUCAGAAACCCGGGAAGCCUCCGAAGGAAGCUCGGGCCAUUAAAAAGAGAACUACCUUGCCGAACUCCUUUGUGGAAUUGUCCAUUGAUAAGGACAUUAAGAAAAGCAAGCCUGCGUAUGCAUCUAAAGACCCGGCGUGGGAGGAGGGCUUCACCUUCUUUGUGCAUAAUGUCAAAACACAGCAGCUCCUAGUUCAGGUCAAAGAGUCGGAGAAGAAGACUACGCUCGGUGUUCUCCACUUGCCCCUGGCUCGCCUCCUCAACAUCUCCGACAUGACCAUAGACCAGCGCCUCCCGCUGGAGCGCUCCGGAGUGAACAGCCAGAUCAAGCUGAAAGCCACUCUCAGGAUUCUUGCUGUGGAAAAGCCUCUACCCAAGGUUACUGUCAAUCCUCCUCGACAAGACAAACAACAAGCACCACAGACCAACAAAGGAGCUAGCGCCCCUGUAUCCACUCCCUCUGCCACCACCUCCUCCUCUUCAGCACUUCCCCACAAAACCAACCCCCCUGCCCAAACCUUAUCUCCGGCCUUGGCAGCUCAGACCCAGAACGGCUCUAAUGAAACCUGGCAGUCCCCUUCUUCCACGUCACACAUGCGUCGGUACGACUCCCAGAACCCGCUGUCAGAGAAUUCCGUCGCUUCCCCGGCAAACAUGCGUCGUUAUGACUCCCAGAGCCUGCUGUCAGAAAAUUCCCUCGCUUCCGCGGCAAACAUGCGUCGGUAUGACUCCCACAGUAUGCUGUCGGAGAACUCCAUCGCUUCGUCGCGUUUCGACCUUUCAGAAGGGGCCACGUACCCAGAGGCCAUCAGGAACCACCAGGGUUCAUUUGGGGAGAUCCAGCUGACUGUACGCUAUGCCGCCCUGAGGAAAAAACUCGUUGUCUUGGUUAUUUCCUGCAGGAACCUAUUCCGCUUCAGCGAGAAUGGCACAGACUCUUACGUCCGCCUGUAUUUUCUCCCUGACCAGUCCUGGAUUCACCGCAAGAGGACACAAGUCAAGAAGAAGACAGUCAAUCCACUCUUCAAUCACAAGUUUGAAUUCGAUGUUACACUUCAAGAAGCACAAACCAGGAAGUUGGAUAUUGCAGUUAAAAAUGGCAAAAUGUUCCACUCACGGGAGAGUAAGGACAUUGGCAUGGUGCUGCUAGAUCUUUCACAGUUGGAUAUAGCCAAAGGCAUCACCGAAUGGUAUGAGCUCACACUGCCUGGGCUGAAGAAAUUCAACUAGGGGCAGAGCUGUAGAACUUCUGUUUUCAAAGCAGCUGCAAGGCCAAAUGCAGGCCGGAUAAAUGCUUUGGUAGCGGCAUGUUUCUUUGUCUUCCUUAUCAUUGUGGCCAAGUUGGGCUUUCCCAAAGCAUCACUUAACCCAUGUCAGAUACUGGAAAUGUUUGGCACUGUAUGUCAAAGGCUGUACACUGGCAGGCACAUAUAGUAAUAUUUCAUACAACACUCCUACUCAGGGUCUUACUUGAAAUAAAGUUUUUGUUAUGCAUUUGUCCCACUUACAGAUAUCCCCCAUGAUAUAACAAAAUAUUCAUGCUUAUUUAUGCAUAAACAUGCUUUUGGUAUCCCAGAUAAUGCAAUGUAUCAUUUUAUGAUCCAACUUAAAGUAGCUUAUUUGUAUUGACAAGCACAACACAACAAUUCUGAAUAAUAGUGCAAUUUCUUAGCAUUUAUUUUCCAUAGUGUAUAAUGUACCCUAAUUCAUCAGAACAUGUUUGUAUUUAUACUUUAUCAAGAAAUUAGAUAAUUUCUUUAAUGUAGAUAUUUUUUGUGGGAGGGUUGGUUUUAAAUUGAGCUGAGCCAAAGUUAUUUUUUUGGUGUUAAUAUGCGUAUUAAUAGGUAUGUGUUUGUUGCAAUGCAGGAGUCAUUACAUAUUGAGGAUGGGUUGCACAUGUUAAUAUACAUAUACAUAUUCACAGCUAGAAGAAGCCAAAUACUGAGCAGUCCUAAUAAAGAAGUUGGUUCAUUAGAAGAGAAACCGCAUCCAAGCAAGGCACAUGACAAAUAUUUAAAGUUCUCUUAAGCGCACCUUGACAAUAGUGAGGGAGUGAGUACAUAUUUUAGACCUAACCCUUCAGAUUUAUCACCUGGUAUUUAAGUAAUGUUCAAUUUCAACAUUUAAAAUACUCUCACAACUCUCACAAACAAGCUUCAUAAAGUGUAUUCAUAAAAUAGCUUUCUGCAUGUGUGUAGAAUUUAACUUGGAAAAACCAAACUAUUUUCACAAUACAUUUGGAGGCUUCUAGCUUGACUGCCAUU